GUUCAACCAUGAACUGGUGUUUGGAGUGUCGGUAAAGAACCUUUCAAAGGCUGAGAGGCUGAUAUACGGUGACUCUCUCAUGACGCACGCCAUGAUCCUCACUGCUGUUACAGACAAGGAUGGGAAGGAAGGUUAUGAAAAGUGGAGGGUGGAAAACUCCUGGGGCGACGACCGUGGGAACAAAGGUUACCUCAUCAUGACAGACGACUGGUUCUCCGAGUACGUGUAUGAGGUGGUGGUAGACAAAAAAUUCCUUUCCUCUGACGUCCUGGACGUGAUGCAACGAGAUCCCAUCGUACUUCCAGCCUGGGACCCCAUGGGAUCGUUGGCAAAUCCCAAGUUUUAGCCUCUGCCUCUGGUCUAAUUGACUCCGCCCAGUUCCACGGCCACUUUUACCUCCAAUAUUUCCCUCGCAUCUCUUUACAGAAGAGCCUGUUCUUA